UGAUUACUGUCAGUAGACAACCCACUGUGCAGCAUUAUAUCGUCGAUACCACAGUGUUGCACUCCAGUCAUACGGGAUUCUGAAACUUUAAAAAAGAAAGAUGGGGACUUGUCGGCUUGCGGUGUUGGCGCUGUUGAUAUUGGUGUCUGCGUGCGCAUACGCCGACGAGCCAGCGACGUAUGAAGUCAUAAUAGUCGGCAUGGGGUCGGCGGGUACCACCGCUGCAGCGACUCUAGCGCAUGCUGGGCGAAGAGUACUGGCGUUGGAAGCAUCCGACAGGAUCGGUGGUCGCGUGCGCACUGUCAGUUUUGGCAGUGGGGUGGUUGAAGUCGGCGCUGAGUGGAUACACGGUCUGACCGGCAGCCGCGUCUAUGAGACUGCGCUUGCGCAUAACGUGUCGGUGCUGCCACAGGACUUGUCCACCGCCCUUCUAUUGGCUGGCGGCGUGCGCGACUCUCCGCUCGCGCUUACGCUGUUUGAACAAGGAUUCACGUACUACGAUGAAAAAGUGAAUCAUACGCAGUCGAAGGGGCAGUAUGUUACUAACAAAUUGAUGGCGUACAUCGACAAGCAUCACCCUGAAGCUCGCAGCCAGCCAGACUUGGUGAAGCGAGUGCUGGACUUCCUCGACAGGGUAGCUAAUAGCAUUGAGGGCAGCGACUCUUGGAUGCAGGUGAAUGCAGUAUCAGACUUUCGGCAGUUGAAGGGUAGCCAGGGAUACAGCUGGCACACACACGGGUACAAGACAUUCUUCGAGCUCAUGCUGAACACUUACAAAGGUGGUCCAGGACUGCCUACCCUGGAAGUGAAGUUAAACUCGACGGUUACCCGCGUGCAGUAUCCGCAACAGGGUGCGCAGAGCGUCAUUGUUACUACAAGUGAUGGUCGGACAUACCACGCCGGCGCGGCAAUAGUCACCGUCUCGCUUGGAGUGCUUAAGGAGAAGCACGCGAGUCUGUUCCAGCCGCCGCUCCCUGAAGAGAAGGUGAAGGCAAUAGAGCAGAUAGCAAUGGGAGUAGUGGGCAAGAUCAUCUUCUCCUUUGACAACCGUUGGUGGUCUAAUGAGUACGUGGGUUUCCUUUGGCGUGAUGAAGACCUCAAAAAUGUGGCCCCUGAAGACAUGUGGACGACCAAAAUUGUGGGAUUUACACCCUCAAUGGGCUGUGACCAUUGCAUCGAGCUGUGGACCUGCGGAGAGAUAGCUAAAUUGAUGGAGACUAUGUCAGAGGAGCAGGUGAAGGCUAAAGCGAUGGCGCUGCUGCGGCGUUUCAGCAAUGACACCGUGCCAGACCCGACAGGGAUAAUCAAAACCAGUUGGUUCUCCAAUGAGCUGACUCGUGGUACAUACUCCUACACCGCGUUGGCGGCUGCGCACGCGCCGGACGCGCGGCGCACACUGGCUGCGCCCUUGCGGGACGCCGAUGGCCGACCGAGAGUUAUACUAGCAGGUGAGGCGUCACACCCCACUCACUACUCCACCGUGCACGGCGCCUCCGACUCUGGACACGACGCCGCCACGUUGCUUCUGGCGACACUCAAGGAAUAGUACUUCGUAUAGAACGGCAACUCUCCGCUCCCCACCAGCGGCUGAGCGAGGUUUACCUCACCCCCUCGGUCUUACUUCAGUCUUCAAUCGUAUGGCGUCAUAUGUCACACACACAGAUCGCGUGUACGAUAACGUCAAUGUGUAGUGUCUGUGUAAAACCAGGUUUUUUUGUUUGCUAGCUAGAAAGGUGCCUUGGGAUAGUUACAAAAGUGAUAUUAAGCACUUAAUUGUUAGGUUCAUAUUUUAUAUAAAGCCAUUCAGUUUAAA